UAGCAAUUCCUGUGUUUAUAGUUCUCCUCUUGAAAGAUUCUCCUCGCCAUUAACCCAUCUGUUCUCCUCUGCAUCCCUGGGUGAUCCUUCUUUUCCAACUCUUUCGGCUGGAGCGAGCUAGAGUUUCUGAAGCCGCCGAGUCCCUUGUUUGCUGCUCAAGUUAAAGAGGGCAUUUCACAAUGUCUUACGAUCUUAUAAAAGUAUCAAAGAAACCUGGUGAAAGUCUAGGGCUGGGAUUCAACAAGAACUCCGAGAGACAGAACAAAGUGUAUGCCAUUCUUGAGGGAACAGCACUACAGAGGUCUGGUGAAGUGAGGCCUGGUGACCUAAUUGUUGAAGUUAAUGGAGUUGAUGUGUCUGGAUAUACUUCCAGUCAACUUAUAGAUAUCAUAUCCACUCUCCAGGAUAAGAGUGAAGUAUCGCUAAAGAUUCUCAGACCAGAUGGCUCCCUGAGUAACGGUGGAACCCCAGCUGUGAGUAUUGACCACCCAAACAACGAAACUCCUGCACCAGCUACCACUUCUCGUCCUAACCAGAGACAGAGACGUAAAGGCGGGCCUCUUCCACAGAUCACAGAGACAUUGGACGACGGUGGUAAACCGGGCGGACUACUUCAAGUGAAGGAUCACUUUGCAAGUGGUAAGAGACACUCCCUCACUCCGGAGUCCUCGAGAAGGGAAAUGGUACCGCUACAGCCAUCAAAGAGUUUAGAUUUGGGUGCGCUGCCAACUUGGAGGAACAAGACCUUCAUUACUCUUAAUAACUAUGUGACUGGCGAACAGCAGACGGACAGACUCCAUACCCAGUCCAAGGCAGUGCCUAAACAAACUGGAUGUCAUCCUUCUCAUUGCGUUGGCUCAAUAAUUUGGCCUAAGGAGCACCCAAGGUCCAGGCCUUAUGGGCCUCCAAGACCAAAGGAAGAGAUGAAAGAAUUGGCUAAGGAGUACAUCAAGAUUUAUUAUGAUUCUUUAAAAUUUGCACUAAGUGAUGAUUAUGAACAAAAGCUCCAAUCAAGAACACUUCAAGUUUGCCAAGAAAUAGAAGAGAAAGGUCACUAUAACUUGACUUACGAGGAGCUCACCUACGGGGCACGUUUGGCAUGGAGGAACGCCCCUCGCUGUGUCAAUAGGAUAAUAUGGCGACAGCUUGAGGUACUUGAUGCAAGGGAAGUAGAUUCAGCUAAAGAAAUGUUUGAGGCACUGUGUGAUCAUCUCCGCUAUGCCACAAACCAAGGAUCAAUUAGGUCAACCAUUACAGUAUUUAGACAUCGCACGAGAGCCAACUCAGACUUUAGAGUCUGGAACUCUCAGCUCAUCAGAUAUGCCGGCUACAAGCAACAGGAUGGUUCUAUAAUUGGAGACCCUGACAGCGUUGAGUUCACAGAGGUUUGUCGCAAGCUGGGCUGGAGUCCCCCUAACAAUAAACCCGGGAUGUUUGACGUGUUGCCGCUGGUUCUUCAAGCAAACGGCGAACCACCUGAAAUGUUCACGAUCCCACCAGAACUGAUAAUGGAGGUCGAUAUUGUCCACCCAGAGUACAAGUGGUUCAAGGAUCUCAAGCUGAAGUGGUACGCUGUUCCUGGCGUCUCCAAUAUCCUCCUUGAUAUUGGAGGGCUUGAAUUUACAGGUGCUCCUUUUAACGGGUGGUACAUGAGCACUGAGAUAGCUGCGAGGAAUUUCAGCGAUGAAUAUCGUUACAAUUUGCUAAAGCCUGUUGCUGAGAGGAUGGGUCUGAACACAUCAACCUACAAGUUAUGGAAGGACAGGGCCCUUGUUGAACUUAACGUAGCUGUAUUACAUAGUUACCAGUCUGCUGGAGUUUCAAUUGUUGAUCACCAUACUGCUACCGACGGGUUCUCAGGGUUUUUCAAGUCAGAGAGUGCAUCUCGUGGAGGGUGCCCGGCAGAUUGGGUGUGGCUAGUCCCGCCCAUUUCUGGCAGCGUGUCUAAACUAUUCCAUCAAGAAAUGUUGCUGUAUUAUCUGACACCAGCUUAUGAGUAUCAGGAACCUGCUUAUAAAUAUUAUCACUUGCCCGGGGAUAUGCCAAAACUCAAUACUGGAAGGACUUUCAAGGCUCUUGCAACUAUGGUCCUUGAUGCCACCAGAAUGAUGAGGAAUGUUAAAAAGAAGCGUAUCAAAGCCACAGUGCUCUACGCCACUGAGACCGGCCGAUCCAAGAACUACGCCAACAUAGUUAAAACCCUUUUCGACCGAACCUUCAACUGCUCCGUUUAUUGCAUGGACGAGUACAACAGAGCCAAUCUUGAGCAUGAGCAGCUGGUUCUCAUCGUUACGAGCACUUUUGGUAGUGGGGACCCACCUGCUAAUGGAGAGCCGUUUGGGCGCUAUUUGUUGGAUUUGCAGUCAGGACGAAUUAUUGGUGCCGGAGGUGGUACAGGGACCCUCCCCUCAAGGCGGAACAGGGUUAGCGUUGCUACAAGACCAUCCCCAGAGAUGUUAGCUAAAGCAAGGACAGACAUGAUGCAGCCACUCUCUCAAGUCAAGUAUGCUGUAUUUGGAUUGGGGUCCCGUGCUUAUCCUAACUUCUGUGCUUUUGCUCACACAAUUGACAACCUCUUCCUUUCUCUCGGGGCCGAACAGGCCUAUCCUUGUGGGGAGGGAGACGAACUCUGUGGUCAAGAGGAGAGCUUCCAGAGCUGGCUGAGAGAGUGUUACUUGAGAUCUUGCGAAGUGUACAAGCUUGAGCCGAGAUUAGAAGGAAGUGAUUGCACUGUCGUCAAGUCCGAAUACAAGAAAGACUUUUUUAGAAUUUCUUCAUUUACUGAACCUGUCCCAACCAAAGACAUUUGCCGAGAUUUGUCUCACGUUCACAAGAAGAAGAUUUAUGCUGGUACUUUAGUGUCAAGAGCUAAACUGCAGUCAUCACAAUCUGAGCGUAAUACAAUACUAGUGGUCAUAAAGCCUCAGAAUCACAUGAAUUACCAGCCUGGAGACCACAUUGCCAUUUAUCCUCAGAACAAUCCCAGCCUGGUACGACAGCUGCUAGAGAGACUCCCCCUCACCUCCGCAAUAGAUGAACCAAUCAUCAUUGAGUCCCAAUAUGAAGCUGAAGGUGGCAUUAAAUGGAAUAAGGAGAGGAGGUUACCAUUUCCUGUUACUUUGCAAGAAGCCUUCAUGUACUAUCUUGACAUUACCACUCCACCUACACCACAGCUGCUCCAACAAUUUCAAAAAAUGGCCACUCGAAAGUUGGAGCAGAAUUUCCUCGAGGAGCUGGGGAAAGGAGGUGACGUUUACGAGGACUGGAAGUAUGAGAGGUUUCCUAACCUUCUGGAAGUGAUGGACCAAUUCCAUUCGCUUAAACUUGACGUGCCAUUUUUACUCCAAAACCUGCCACUGCUUCAAUGCCGUUACUACUCCAUCAGUUCAUCCCCUAACGCUCAUCCAAAUGAGAUUCAUGCCACCAUUGCCGUGGUAACCUUCAGGAAGAGAGGAGGACAGGGACCACGUCACUAUGGGGUCUGUUCCACUUGGCUCAACAAGAUGGAGCCGGGAUCAGAAUCCAUUGUACCUUUUGUGAUCAGAAGGACUAAUUCAUUUCAUAUGCCAGAGGACUCUCAUGCUCCUAUCAUAAUGGUCGGCCCUGGUACUGGGAUAGCUCCUUUUAGAGGAUUCUGGCAGGAAAGGAUGUACCAGCGAAGCGAAGAACUCAAGAAGCAGCUUCUCUCUAAAGCAGUUCCGGCCCGAGCUGCUCGUGUCCCUCGCAAUCAAAAAGGAGGCAGGGCAGUGAUCCCAGACACGCCCGCUAACAAGAUAAGCAUUGGAGGGGGAGGGAUGGGGCAGGCUGGUAGGAGGGGCUUUGUAUCCACGGUAACGGCCCCAGUAAUUAAGCUACUUGAUGUUGAUUCUCGACCAACUCAAGCCCCGGUCUCUGAUAUUGAUGAUACGGAGAGCAGCAGCGAGAGUGAGAGUUCGGAUGAGGAAGUAAAACGAGACAAACAAGUUCAGUUUAAAGUACCCAAAACCUCCGGCACUUUUAAACUAAGGCGCUCGGCCUCAGAUGAGUUCCAAAGGAAGGAUCUUGCUAGUCUUGUGGCCGCUAGAGACAGCCACUGGGGAGACAUGACCCUGUAUUUCGGUUGUCGCCGUAACGACACAGAUUACAUAUACAGAGAAGAGAUUAAGAGAGCACAGCUGACGGGGGCAAUGAAUAACGUUCAUGUAGCUUUCUCCAGGGAAGGGCCGCAAAAAACUUAUGUCCAACAUUUAUUGAAGAAGAAUGCGGACACCAUAGUCCAGCAGCUGAUAGAGGAGAGGGGACACUUUUAUGUGUGUGGGGACGUUUCCAUGGCAGCAGACGUGGGACGUACCCUUCAGAAUAUAUUUGAGGAGAACGCUGCAAUGUCUAGUGAUGAAGCGAGACAGUUAAUAGAAUCAAUGAAAGAUAAUGGCUAUUAUCAUGAAGACAUCUUUGGUGUUACUCUGAAGACUGCUGAAGUUACAAGUCGUGUCAGAAAUGCAGCCAAAAAAGCAUGGAGGAUACUCGUUAGUGCUGCUGAUCAUAGCCCCAUCACUCCGAUGUCUGCUCUAUCCAGCAGAGCACCCAUCACACCAACCACUCCUGGAUUGCUUGAUACCCCUCAAGACGGAACCCUUCGUUUGGGUGGAAACCGUUUCUCCAAACGCCCGACAGUGACGGUCCUCAUUCCAACGCCCACGCAGGCUAACGAGCCUACAUCACCUGGCAACAGAACGUCGUUCCCAAGCAUCUUUGGAAAACAAUCCUUAGGUUCUUCUGGUAUGAAGAAGUUAGGGGGAGGUCCUUCUGGUUACAGAUCACACCUGACUGCUACAUCAUUCAAUGAGGAAGAUGAAGAGAAAGAGAGCGGAGUGACGCUCAACAUAACUGAGAUCACUGGUGACACCCUAACUACCACUAAUAUCCUGGGUUCUACGUCUCCAAAAACCCUAAAAGUGCCUCCGCCCUCAUUUGAACAGCCACCUCCGCCAAAUCUCGGUCCAAAGUCACGCCCAACUUCCGUCCAGUUGAGAGAUAACCAAGAUGGCGGAAAGAGGCGAGCCAUUCGUAAGAUCAGGAGUAAUUCGAUGGUUCAAACUGACGUCUAAUGGCUCCGCCCAAAAUGAACUGGAUAUUAACUAGUUAUUAUUGAAACAGAUUCCUUAACUGUCAAAAUUUAUUAUUAUUAUUAUUAUUAUUAUUAUUAUUAUUAUUAUUAUUAUUAUUAUUAUUAUUAUUAUUAUUAUUUUAGCUUAGUUUUGUUAUUAUUAUUAUUCCCCACGUCCCUUUCAUUUUCUAUGCCCUCCUAUACAUUCAAUUGACAUUUAAUUAUUAUUAUUAUUAUUAUUGAUGCUAAUUAAAAUUUUGCUGUUAUUUAUUAUUAUUUUUCAUUAGCAAAAAUUUAAACACUUCA